AUGAGCGACGAUCUUGACAUCAGCGCGAUUUUGGCGGCCACCAGCAUUACCUCGAUCACGGGACAACCAUCGAAGAGCAAUCCGCCGCCAAGGCAGCAAGAUACAGACUUGGAUCGAGGGAGGGGCAAGGGAAAAGAGAAGGUGCGAGAUGGCCAGUUCUCCAGCGAUAAUGGAAAAGGAAGGGCCCAAAAGGGGGGCAACGAGCCGAUUUUCCACACGGUAUCCUUUGCGGACACGCUCGAAGGCAUCGCCGUCAAGUACGGCGUGCAGGAUUUGUUUGCACGAAAGGAGCUCGUCAUCCCCUCGCCUGAGGAGCUGGAGGAGCAAACCGUCAGGCCGAGGCGCAGCUACGAAAAGGACAUCACUUUCGAGAAGGACACCCCCAAGUAUAUUUACCCUGCCACGCCGGAGGAUGAAGUGUCGGAGCAAAGACGGUCUCUCCUCGGUUUCAGCUACAAUUUUCCCUCGGGCGGAGAAGAUGGCUUCGGUGGCCUGAACACCGACACCGGAGCCGGCGUCAGGAUCAAGCAGAUGGGUGCGAAGGUGAGGAGACGGUUGGAGGAGGAGGAAGAUCAGCUCUACGGACUCUGA